UUUUGGUUUCGCUUUCGCCGAAGCGUGCGGUAGUCGGGUGGUCGGUUUUGCGUCCGGUCCGGUGUCCGUUUACAUCAAUACAGUGAACUAGAAUUCUAGUUUACCACAGCUAACACAUGUUGGCCGAGGUCGACGUCUUCGUGGGGAACAACACGCUGAUCGAUCCCGAAGUAUUCCAGCUAUGGCUGCAAGGCUACUCAGCACAAGACGCAGCUGUCACACUCCACCAUAAUGAACGCAUGAAGGAAACUGAUAUACCUUUGGAACUGCUGAAGAGCGAUGUCUUGGACCACUACCGGACUCUCCAAAUGCUUGAACGACUCCUACACAGUCCUGUUCACCUCGCCGAGCAGUGGACGUUUCAGCUAGCGCCGCAGACCCAGAGAAUGCUCAUUGCCAGGUACUAUGACUUUGACCAAAAUGUUGUGAGAGAGUUCCUAGGAAAGAAGCUGUCUUCACGAAAUCGUAAGGACCUGGACGAAGUCAGCGAAAAGACUGGUGUCGACAUCAAAAGCUGCAGACGUCAGUUUGACAACAUCAAGCGUGUCUAUAAGGCAGUUGAAGAACUACCAGGGCCCCUCUCCAAGAACAUACAGAUUCAUUUCCUGCUUCCUGAAGAACUGGCAAGAAAGUAUUCAGCUAUUGUGUACAUAACACACAACCGAUUUGAAACUGGCAAAAAGAAGCUUGGUUACCUGCAUUUGGAAGACUUCAUCUUCUGUGCUGAUCACAUGAUCCACUCAUGGAGCUGCAGAAACCCAAAUUGCAAGUAUGAAGAAUCAGGCAUGGAGAUGGAUCGAGAGUUUCUUCAGCAUCUCCGUGAGAUGAAGCUGCUUCUGGACAAGGACCACAUAGACCGACUCAAGGAUUCUGUUCUCUUCUCAGUGCGCAGUCACAUCUCCAAGCACACCUUGCAGGACGUUGAAUCCAACUUUAAGUCUCUGACACGAACGCUUGUCAACAUUGCGUAUGGACUGAACCACAGUAAAGAUCUGAGAGAUUUCUUCAUCGACAUUGUCGAGAAGAUCAUAGAACCCUGUAGAACUGCCCACUGGACAGUGGACGAAUUGCAAUUAGUCAUGGAUGCAUUUGUGAAGAGUCCUCAGAGUGUCACUUUUGGACAUGACCUUCAUCUCCACGAAGUCUGGGUUCGCUAUGCAGAGACAAUGGCCAAGUGUGUCUACAAGCUCUACUCAGCAUAGACACUCCUGAUUAUAUGUGUUACAUCAGCACA